UCUCGUCGCAUCGGAAUGGCGGCACCGUUGUUGAAGGUUGCUCUCGCGUUGCUGCUGCUCGGUGUUGGCCGGCUGCACGGGGAACCGUUUUUUGGCAACAACUACGUAAUACCGCAGGGUGCCCGGCUGGCCAGUGCAGCCAACGGCGUCGUCCGCAAUCUGGAGGCAGCCCAAACGCAGGUCCGAGGAUAUCUGAUCAAUCCGACCGCUUCGGAAUUUCUGAGAACCGGGGCCACGGCGUUCCGUGAGUACGUCGGCAACACGACGGCGGUGUUGGGCCAACUGUUCCGCGAGGUAGCUCAGGUUACGACGGAUCGCGUCACGGCACCGGCCGUCGUGUUUACGCGGCUAAAUCUGUCGCUGCAGGCCGUGGCCACGUGGAACCAGAACGUGACCCAAUCGCUAGCCGUCCUCCAGCAGGCGUUCGACUACGAUCAGAACAACAACACGGCCGAGUUCUUUCGAUCCUGGCGCGAUGCCAUCGGUGAGAACGUCAACGAUCUGGCAGCGGAACUGAGGCAACUGGGUCAGCACAUUGCGGCGAUCGGUGGUCAGUCGCUCAACACCCAGCAGUUCCUGCAGGCCAUCUCGGCGGACGGAACGCUGCAGCGACUGCAGGACGUCGUCGAAGCUGCGGUCCGCCUCUCGACGGACUACUCGUCCGGUGUCACGAAAGUGGUGACCGCUGUCCGGGCGGCUAACGAUUUUCAAUCACGGGCCUACUCACUGAUCCGCUCGAACCAGGGCUUUAUCAACACGGCCGUCGAUCGGUAUAGUGCCGCAUCGAACGCAUCCUACGGGCGGUUCCUGGCGGCGGCCGAUUCACUCGUCACCCACCUGAAGGACACCAACCAGAGCUUCGUGUUCCGCUGGCCACUGCUGUUCAGUGGCGAGGUCCACGAGAAGCUGAACCUGCUGAACCAAUCGAUCGAUCAUCUGACCGGCAACAUUAUGCUCCGUACGCUGACCGUGGCGGGAGAGCUGGUCAAAACGAGUGCCCUCUUCAAGACCGGCGACAACCCACUGGCGUACCUGCGCGAUGAAGCCGAUCUGCUUACGCGCAUCCUGCUCGAUGUACUGUACGGGGACAACUACUGUGCUUCGGCGUUCAUUACGCCGUUCAACGCACUACCGGCCCAGGUGAACAACCUCGUUGGGGCCUGCCUGACGGAACAGACGAACCUCGAGAGCCAGGGCUCCUCGCAGCUCGUAUCGAUCGCCAACAACUUCCUGCGUCCGUACGUCACGACGGUGUACGGCCGGCUCAACAUCUGCUUCCAGCAGCCGUUCGACAAAAUGACCGAAUGUUUGGACAAUAUCGUGGCAACGAUCGACUUCCGGGGACAGUUUUUCCUGCUCGACGUCGCCAGCCAGCAGUUCUUCGAGCAGGUCCAGGAGGACCUACCGACCUGCAACGAUCGGGUGCUGGAGCUCGUUCGCAAUGCGGGGUUGCGCGAGAACUGCGGCCUUCACGCUGAGACGCCGGCGCCGGAGUGAGUGCUGGACCCCCAAAAGCGUCCCAAGAAAUUCCCUGUUCUUCGUCCGAUUUAGAUUUUAUUUCUUUGACCAACGGUUUCGGAAGCGCGUUCGCUUCUUGCUGUAGAUACACAUCUCCUGGAUGUUGUGGUAGUUCAGGAAGUACCCAUUCUGCGCCACACAGUUGUUGAAGCUGUUCUGUAUCUCGCCGUCGACGAACGAUUCGACCUGCUUGGCCGCGUUAUAAAUCCUACCGUUGGCCCAA